AUGGAAUUGACAAGAACCAGUUGUGCGGUUAUUUAUGUCAUUCUCCUUUGUGCUUUGGCUCAUGGGGGUUCAGAGGGGAAAGAAGAUGAGCUAUAUAGAGAUGUUCCUGUUUCCUCACCUUUCCUCGAUAUUCAUCGAAAACAGGCCGAGAAUGUGUGGAAACAUUGCAGGAAAGAAUUGACAGAGAAGAACAAUGAUGUUAAAGACAUCAACUUGCAUCCAUUGGAAGGAAGCAGUGACAUCCAUAAGAAAAAACAAGUUUCAAACUUCAUAAGAACAAGUGCUACUCCUCCAGCACCUAUUUCUGAAUUGAAAGCGUCUUCAAGAUUCUUGCUAACAAAACAUUCUAGAUCAACCUUGGCUUUAAAAAACGAUCAUCAGCAUCAUCAUCGUCAUCAAACAAAUUCAAUCGCAGAAACACCACUUGAUCAUAUAUCACCAUUGUCACCAUUCUCACCAUUGUCACCAAGGUCUAGUGAUAAUAGUCCAUCCCCCAAGCAUUCAUUGGUAGCGCCAAUUCAUGUCUCAACACCAACAAUUUCUUCAACACCGUCACCUACUCCUGUUCCUGUUCCUAGUACUACUCCUGUUCCUGUUCCUGAUACUAGUACUGGAAUCCCGUAUUUACCACUCCCUCCAGAUAAUUUUGCACAGUUACCACCACCUCCGCGUCAAUCUGCUCCUCCAUCUCAGAUAACAAGUGUUCCGGUAACUUCGCCGCUGCCGCCUUCACUUAACCGUGAUGAAAGAAAGAAGAAAACAAUUAUUUUAGCUGCAUCUCUAUCAGGAAUCGUAGUCUUGAUAGGAUUGUCCCUUUGCUAUCGUGAGGCCAAAACCAAUAAAGUGGAGAGAGAUGACGACCAUUUUCUCAUAUUAACCUCAAAUGAUUAUUCUGGAGGUCCUCAGAAGAUUGUCCGUUUAGGAGAUACUAAUAUAGAAGAAUCUGGUGUUGCUAUUAACAAAGGAAAGAGUUCAUCAAGUGGAAGAAAGUGGUCCAUGAAGGCCGGAGAUAAUAACAAUAUCACACUGGCUGAAACAUCAACAUCAGAAGAUGUAGGACAAGUAACAGCAACUUCUUCUGGAAUACCAGCCCCUCCGCCUCCUGGCCCACCGCCGCCUCCUCCUCCACGGCCACCCACGCUUGCUCCUCGUCCUCCACCGCCUCCAAAAUCCAGCCAACCACCACCCGCUCCUCCUCCCAAACCAAUGGCAGGUAAAAACAAAGGUAUACCUCUUGGACCGCCAAAACAAGGAAGUUCUAGGGAAGGUGAUGCUCCAAAGCCUAAACUAAAGCCGUUCUUUUGGGACAAGGUUAAUGCAAAACCUGAUCAAUCAAUGGUGUGGCAUGAGAUCAAUGCAGGGUCAUUUGUGUUCAAUGAAGAAAUGAUGGAGUCUUUAUUUGGUUGCGCCAACCAGAAUAAAAACGAAUGUAGAAAAGAUUCACCUUCUCUAGAUACUUCAGUACAUUAUAUUCAGAUUAUUGACCCUAAGAAAGCACAGAAUUUAUCAAUUCUGUUACGUGCUCUGAAUGUUACAACAGUAGAAGUUGUUGAUGCACUAAACGAAGGUAACGAGAUUCCUGUGGAGCUUAUCCAAACGCUGUUGAAGAUGGCACCAACACAAGAAGAGGAACUGAAACUUAGGUUAUUCUCUGGAGAACUAUCUCAACUAGGUCCAGCUGAGCGGUUUCUAAAAGUACUGGUUGACAUUCCAUUCGCUUUCAAACGUCUUGAAUCUCUCAUGUUCAUGUUGAUUCUUCGAGAAGAGUCCUCAAGCAUCAAGGAUUCCUUCACAACAUUAGAGGUUGCUUGCGAUAAGCUGAGAAAAAGCAGGUUAUUCUUAAAACUACUAGAAGCAGUACUCAAAACCGGAAACCGAAUGAACGACGGUACAUAUCGCGGUGGUGCUCAAGCAUUUAGGCUCGACACACUUUUAAAACUCUCGGACGUAAAAGGAACAGAUGGAAAAACAACACUGUUACACUUUGUGGUUCAAGAAAUUAUACGUUCAGAAGGAAUACGAGCAGUAAGCACCGAAAGAGCAAGCAGAAGCCUUUCCAGCUUAGGAACGGAGGAUGCAGAUUACGAAAACGAAGAAUCAGAAGAACACUAUCGUAGCCUUGGACUUCAAGUAGUUUCAAGCUUGAGCAAUGAACUUGAAGAUGUUAAAAAAGCAGCACUAAUAGACGGUGAUGCAUUGAGUAACGCGGUUUCAAAAAUCGGCCAUUCGUUGGGUAAGAGCCGGGACUUUUUGAACACUGAUCUUAAGAAUUUGGAAGAAGAGAGUGAGUUUCAAAUCUGUUUAGAAAAGUUUAUGGAACAUGUGGAAGGAGAGGUAACGUGGCUUGUAGAAGAAGAGAAGAGGAUAAUGGGAUUGGUUAAGAGUACAGCAGAUUAUUUUCAUGGAAAUGCAGGGAAAGAUGAAGGACUGCGUUUGUUUUUGAUCGUACGCGAUUUUUUGAUAAUAUUGGAUAAGGUUUGCAAGGAAGUGAAAGAAGCUACAUUGAAGUCUAUGAAGGCUUCUAAUAAGAAAGAAACUCCAUCACCGUCAGUGUCAGUUCCGUCUUCUCCGGAUACACGCCAACAGUCUCAGUUGCCGCAGACGCAGUCUUCUGAUCUUCAUAGGCGAUUGUUUCCGGCUAUUGCAGGGCGGAGAGUGGAUUAUUCUAGCUCAGAUGACGACGACGAUGGUGAUUAG